AUGUCAGACGUCAUUGUGCCGUCCUUCUUCCCGACGCCGACCGAGAUCGCCGGUGGCAUCCGCUGGGUCAAGCAUCAUCCCGUCGUGGCCACAGCCGCAGCCGCAGCAGCCGCAGCCGUGAGUGUGAUCACGUACUUGAAAGCAGUCGCUGCCGACGACGAGCGGGACCUAAAAUUAGCAGUCCUGAGCCCACACAAGGGCGACGAGUCCGACGACCUUUGCAGCAGUACAGAGAGCGACGCGUCCACUCCGUCAAGAGGCCGCACAUUGAGUCCGCGUGAUCUCAGUGUACCAGUGGAGAAUAGUGAGCUAGAUGCAGCUUUACAGGAGGCGGAUGGAGAGACCGUGUCGCCACAGUGGGGAUGGUAUGUCUCCACGACGCCACCAGAAGACUAUUACCAGUGACCAAAUAUUACUCCAUCAUCAAGUGCCGUUUAAUUUUGAAACCAAGACAGCGUUGCGACGGACUCCCCUCUCUACGGCAAAUCCAAGAACUGCUAUACUCUUAGACAGCUACUGCGUUUGCCAGACCGAGAAGGAAUUUCUCUCUUCUCGGGGCGCGUGGCUGACGCUUUCCAGCGAAGCCACGCGAAGUCCUGUUUGUGUCCUAAUAUAUUGAGUCUUCGCAAACCGCU